AUGCAAAAUUAAAUAUUAACAAAUAGAUCAAUAGUCAAACAGGACAGGAUCUCCAAAAUAUUAUCAAAUUAUAAGACUGAAAUUGAUAAACACAGUUAGUAAAGCUUUAGAAUGCUUAGUUAGAAAAUAAAACGAAAAAUAGGAAAUCAAAUUAGUGAUAACUAAGCAAAAUAUCCCAUACCAAAAAAUAAAACUGAGGUAUCCAGAUUCUUUAGUGAUCAUUCUAAAAGCCAAUUCCAAAUUAGUGUUAAGGAUCUACUCUUACAUAAAAGUCAAAUCUAAAAAUUAUAAUCAAAAAAACCCAAAGAUGACAAACAAAUGGUUCCAAGAAUAAACAAAAUUCAAAAUGAUAUUUUUAAAAAUUAUCUUGCUCAAAGAAAUUGUAAUGGUUCUAAAACUUAUAGAGACUCAAAUGUCCGAAUCAAAAUGAGUGACAAAAGUACGCAUUCUCAAUAAGCCCUCUUGCAAACACUCAUCAACAAGAGUUAUGAAAAUAAAUUCAACGAACCGAGAGAUUCCCCAGAAUUAUGUUACGCUUCAUAACAUAUAUUUAAACUGCUUUAAUAAUCAAUAAAUGGAUAAAGCAGUCUCCUUCUUCGUUCUGGCAGUUAAGGGAAUGUUGCAAAUACUUCAUCAUCCAAUAAUAAAACCGCGGAUCCAAAAUUCAAUAAAAUUAAAACAUUUCUAGAAUCAACCAAAACAUUUCAUAGUAAUACUGACCCAUACAAACUAACAACAGAUCAAGAACUUCUAUAAGCUAAAUCAAAGUUUGUUAAAGUGAAUUAAAGUAAAAUUUAAUCUCUUUUAUAAAUUGCAAAUAAAAUCAAAAAUACCAUGGAUGCAUUGAAUCAAAUACUAAUUAAAUAAGAAAAAACAUCAUCUAUAAUAUCAAAUCUCAUAUCUUAUGAAUUGUCAUCUAGAGAUAGUAUCGAGUCAAUCUUUACUUUAGAAUGA